AUGAUUGAAAUUAAAGGGCAAGCAAUUGAGGCCAUGCAAGAAUCUAGACUAAGACCUAUGGAAUCCCUUAAAUACAUGUCAAAUGAAGCUAGAGGAGAAGAUGCUAUUAGUUAUACUGUAAAAGACCACAUGAAUUAUUGCUAUAAACUGAAAAUAAAGGCCAUUGAAGGAGGAGAUUCUCAAGUAGUUUGUGACAAAUUACAGGAAGCUUAUUCUGAAGACCCUAACUUCUUUUUUAGAGUAAGGUUAGAUGCAGAUGGAAGGGUUUGUAACUUGUUUUGGAGGGAUUCUAUGAUGCUUGAAGAUUAUAAAUUAUAUGGGGAUGUCACUGUAUUUGACACCACAUAUAGGACGAAUCUUUACAACCUCAUUUGCGCACCCUUUGUAGGAAUAAACAACCACUGGAAGAACACUAUGUUUGCUUGUUCUUUUAUUGGUGAUGAGACCAUACAGUCAUUUGUGUGGCUAUUUAAGACCUUUAAAAAGGCAAUGAGUGGUAAAUGUCCUGUCUCACUGUUUACAGACCAAGAUGCAGCCAUGGCAGCAACAAUACCCAAGGUAUUUCCAAACAGUAGACAUAGACUAUGUCUAUGGCAUUUGAUUCAAAAUACUGUAACAAGAUUUGGAGUUUUGAAGAGUGAUGACACAUUCAAAGCUGCUUUCACAAAAUACUUGAGUGGUUGUAUUAACGAAGCUCAGUUUGAAAGGAGUGAAAGCACAAAUCACGCAGUGGGAUUCAAAGCAAACAAGAAGACAAGUUUGACAGAAUUCUACAACAUAUUUCAAAAGAGAGUGAAUACUGGGAGAAGGAAUGAGGAUUUUGAUGAGUUCAAUAGCACAAAAUCAAUUCCUACUUCAAGUUAUCCGAUGUCUGCCUUACUUAAACAUGCUGCUGAGGUUUAUACACAUACAUUAUUUAGGGACUUUGAAGAAGAAUUCAACCUAGCGAUUGGAUCUCAAACUAAACUGCUAUUGAUUAAUGGAAGCAAAAUGGUUUACCAAGUGUACCUUGAAGGCAGAGUUGGCACAACUCAAGCAGUAACUUACGAUCCAGCAAACCAAACAAUUCAAUGUCCAUGCAAGAAUUUUGAAGAGUCGGGUUAG